CCCUCCCCGAGGCUGAGAAUGCCCGUGCUGGGCUGACACUGUAGCGACACGGGCUGAGCAGACAUGGAGGCCCGAGCGACGAGAGAGGCCCGUGCUGACACAUUCAGACCCAGCUAACAGAGCGACGGUGUGGAUUUUUUGGGAUAUCUCGGAAGAAAUACAGCCUAUCACUCGCUGUAAGGAAGAAGGAUUUUACCAGUAGAGAAGAAGGAAUUAAAGAGGGAGAUCCAUUUCGGGGAUCUAUGUUGAUUCAACGUAGCCGCCAUUUUGUUGACAGUGUUUUUUUUAAACAACCUACACGGUAGUGCAUUUGUUAUGUUAUACCACAGGAAUGUUACUCUACACACUUCCACGCGAUGCUUUAUGCACAUGGAGUGAUGUGUGGCCACCACGUUGUCACAAACGAGGAAGGACACGGAGCCAAAUAAUGUGAACACCAUUUCUGGACAACUAGAAGAGUUGAAGGACGGAGUAAGAGGGCCGGACUGACGGGGAAGGAUAGAAACCCUCUAAAAAAAGGAGAGCUUCUACCUCAUUGGUGUCCCCCUCCCCUUUUCCCUCCUCCUUCCCUAUCCCACUCCCUUUCCUAUAUUCCUCCUAGGAUACACAUUUCUUACCUUGUGAACUUGCACAGCCCUUAAGUUAAGAUGGAUCAGAAGAUUCACGGGAGAACUGCAACACCACCUCCUCUCGUCUCAGGUGUAACUUCCGGGGAGCGAGAGAAAGAGGGAGGUGUUGGAAAGAAAGAAGAUGAGGAGGAGAAGAAAAGGGACAAAGAAAAAGAGGCUUCCAUUAUAGCUGAUGGCACAGGGGCAGGUGGUCCUGGAGGUAGUGGUGACCAGUCACAGUUCUCCAUCAAGGAGAGCAGCCUAUCUGAAGGCAAUGUCAAACUGAAGAUUGGUCUUCAAGCAAAACGCAUGAAGAAACCUCCUAAGAUCUUGGAGAAUUAUGUAUGCAGACCAGCCUUUCGGGCUACAAUGAGGAAUACAGGGCGGGGAGGUGGUGGUGCUCGAGGAAAUCGUGCAGGGAAUACAAAUGAUGGGCCAGGUAGCCAGACCCAGAGUCCUUCUCAUGUCAGGGAAAAAGAGAGGGAGAAGAGUCCAAGUGUCAGCAGACCAGUCUCAUCAUCCUCGUCAAACCCAUCUUCUAAAGUCCCGACACCAUCUCCUCCUGGACCACCACCUACCAGCACAGCUGCCAUGGCACCUUCUCAAGUGAAUGGUAGUGCACCAGGAAAACGAGGUCCACCAAAGAUGGAUUGUCUGUCUGACACAAAGUCAGACACUAAAGCAACUACCACCACAUCUGAACGGCCCCUGAAUCUUCAUCGCCCUUUCCCAGACAGCAAACUUCACCUUUCUGGGAAGAAAACACCAACUCUUCAACACAACCCUCGGUCAUCUGCACCCUCUUCACCAAUACCUGCAUCUAAAGAACCUAGCUGUGAAGGUGUUAAACCACCGCAAUACACUUACAGCAAUGAAAGUCAAAGAGAUAAAGACAAGGGAUUUCAAAGCUGGGGAGCACCUACAGUCACUGAAAAAUUAGCUCAACUCAUAGCCACUUGUCCGCCGUCAAAGACCCCAAAGCCUGUCAAACCUGUUAAGACUGACCCUGCUACUUCCCAAUCAAGCUCAGGUUUUAUGACCCCCACAGCAAAGCAGCGAGACAGGGCUAUGGCCAAUAGGAACACCUAUUCAAGAAUGGUUCACCUUUCUCCCCCCCUACCAGUGUCACGACCUCCUGGUCGGCCCUACGGUUCUAGAAACAAAGAUGUUGCUAUGGAAAACUCACCUACCCUGACACCAACAAGGAAGGAGGACACAGAUGGAACUGGGAAACCUAGUAGCAGCAGUAUUAACAUGAGCAGUGGUAAGAGCAGUAGUCGCAGCAGCAGUCCAGCACUCAUAUACGGCAAUAACAGACUGCCUUCCUUGUCAAAGGACAGUAACAAUGACAACAUUAAUAGUAGCGUUCCCAAACUACAAUCUCGUCCUAUUCACUUCUCAUCCCACACCACAGCUUUGUCCUCGUGUCCUGUUUCAUCCUCCCCUACCACCACAGCUGAGCAAAAGACUUUGAGUCACAUAAGCUCCCCUGUUGACUCACAAGCAGACCAUGCACGAGAGACUUCUGUUGCUGCGGAGGAAGGCAUUGCAAGUCUGAGAGAACAGGGCAGCCCCAGAGAUUCGAACAAUUGCUGUCCUUCAACAGGAACAGCAAAGCCAGAAGGGAAAGACAAAGGUCAGUCAUUGCGAGUUGAGAGUGACAAGAGCUCAAGUCCAUGUAACCAUAGUCCCAAUCGGGAUAGUAGUCGUGUUGGUCGGACCAGCAACCCUGCAGAACCUGUAAUGCCAAGGGCAUCUUCUUCACCCGAGCCAGAAGGUGAAGACAGCCCGCAAACUCCUCUACGAGAUGAUUCUCCAGAUUCAUCCAUAGAUUCUGCAACAGAGCAGGACAGUAAACCCCUUAAAAAACGAAGAGGAAGGAAGCCACGCUGGGGCCGUGCAAUGAGCAAGGUACAUAGUCAAAGAUCAGGCCUCGACAGUCCCUUUGACCAGAGCAAAACCACCAUGCCUUUAUCUUCAAGCCUGGAAACGUCAACUCCAGUUAAGAGACCUGUGGGGAGACCACCUAACCCAAAUAAAAUGAAACCAAAUACUCUGCCACAAAGUUCAAUGUCACGUCUCUUCACAUCGUCACCCCAGUCCAAAAAAAGGGGAAGGCCAAAGUCAAAGAUGCCAAGGCUUGACGCCCCAGCCCGUGGGCGCCCUCAUAAUAAAUUGACCACAUCUAAAGUUUACUCAACUUUUUUGAAGUCCAAAGAAGAGCAAGACCCUCCUGUGCUUCAUCCAGAGGUUGACCUAAGACCCCCUAAACCUAUCCCUCGAAAACGUGGACGCCCCAAGCGCCUCCCACCUACCUUACCCGAAGAGAGUCAGCCUCCCACAUUGGCUCCAGAGGCAGGGGACGUUGGGGACAAACGGUAUCACAGCAAAGGAAAUGGUCAGCUUAUUAUGAAAACAAUCAUAGGCAAGAUCAACAAGAUGAAAAGUGUGAAACGUAAGCGUAUUCUCAGUCAAUUCCUGUUAGGACCAAGAAAAGAAGACCCACCUAAAGUAUCUCCAAGUGCUGUGGUUGGAUCUGCAGAAGCUGCAACUCAAUCUUUGUCCUCCUUGGCUGCUUCUCUUGGGGGAAAACUUGGACCACAAAUAAAUGUUAGCAAAAAAGGCACAAUAUAUAUGGGUAAGAGGCGAGGGCGUAAACCAAAAACAGUUAGUGCCACAGCUACAACAGGACCACCAGAACCCUUCUUGUCCCCCAGCACCACUUCUCUACAUCACCAUCAAUCUCAGCAACAGCAUCACCUUUCCUCUUCAGACAUAUUUCCUUCACCUUCUCUCUCACAGUCCAGUGGAGGCCAUAGUCCCAUCAGUGAUGCAAGCUUUGUUGAGCCAGGUUCAGUGCACUUUUCUGGUCACUCUCACUAUUCAAACCAUAGUCAUAGCACAUUUGCUUUCCCUCCCCCGACCUUUUCAGCUCCAAAUCUUCGCAGUCCAGUCCUUGGCUCCUCUUUAACUAUGGCCACAGCAACUUCUCAGAAAAAGUCCUCUUUCCGUGGAUACCACCAUCACCACUAUCGGCAGCACUACCACUAUCGAAAGCUUUCCCCUCCUCGGCCACUCCAUCCUACCUCUCCUGCCCCCCUUAGUGAGCUGAAAGAAGCCACUCCAUCCCCAGUAAGUGAGUCUCACAGUGAGGAGACAGUCCCCAGUGACAGUGGUAUAGGAACAGACAACAACAGCACCUCUGAUCGUGGGGAAAAAGCAGGAGCAGGGGCCUUGGGUGGAAUCGGCAUGCCAGCUGCGAUAGGUAGUGGAUUAUUAAUGCCUGGUGUUAUUGGUUCCGCUAUGGGUCCAGGAAUGGGACUUAACGCUAGAGGCAGGCGGCGCCACUCCACUGUACUUGUGGAACAUCCUUCACCUUCUCCCUCUCCACAUUUGGCAAGGUUAUCACCUGAUACACGGAGACCUCACCCAGUAGCUGCUUCUACCUCCAUAAUGGGUCAUAAGGAAAAACAUAAACAUAAGUGUAAACGCCGUAGCCAUGGAUGCCCAGGCUAUGAAAAGCUUAAGAGACAGAAAAGAAAACGCAAGAAGAAAUACCUACAACUCCGUUCUAGGCGGAUCGACCCCAACUUUCUUGCUGAACUGGAUGAGAUUGUCAUAAGGAUGAGUGAAAUCCGCAUCGCACAUCGUACCACAGGGCAUCGUCUUGGUGGUGGCGUAGGAAUAACAGCAGGAGCAAAUAGAAUGCCAGGAGUGGGCAACCGUGCCAGUGGCAUAGGUGGUACCAGUGGCCCUCCACCUCAUCAUUACAUUCACAGAGAUCUCUUGCCCACAAUCUUCAGGGUUAAUUUCGGCAGCUUCUAUUCGCAUCCUGCAUAUUCUUGUGAUCCAUUGCACUAUGUUCGUAAACCAGACAUGAAAAAGAAAAGGGGGCGGCCUCCGAAACUCAGAGAGUCUAUGUCGGAGGUUCCUUUUGUACCAGGGCUUGGAUUCCCACUGUCCAGCGGGGGCUUCUACCAUCCCUCCUACAGUGUUCCUUAUUCCUCUGGACCCCUCGGUUUGGGCUACUAUAGGGGCUAUCCUCCAGCUAGUGCUCUGUAUCCUCACCCACACCACCAGUCACCCCACACAGCCUCAUCUCACCACUCUCAUCAUUCAUCAACUUUCCCCCCUCCUCCCCCAACAUCUUACAUGCAUCAUCAUCACCCUUCGCAUCUCCUGUUGAACCCUUCGAAAUUCCACAAAAAAAAACACAAGCUGCUUAGGCAGGAUUACCUAGGAGGACGUUCCCCUGUCCUUUACCCACCCAUGUCCUCUGAGCUGUCUUUCAACUGGCACCACAGGCACAAACAUAGACACAAACACAGAGAGCGAUGUUCUGACGAGGGCAGAGAAGAAGAAGAAGAAACAAUUGGUGCAUCUUUAAAUCGCGGUGGGGCAGGGUUGUCUGACAGUGGAACAUCAGGGAAAGGAGAGAGAGUAGGUAGCUUGGGAAUGGCAGAAUCUUUGCAACGAUGCAGCUUUGGACGGAGCACUUCCAGCAACAAUCCUAGCAAGCAAGCAGGUGUCACUUUAGCCAAUUCACCUUCUUCUUCGUCAUCGUCUUCUGCAGAUAGGUACAAACGCAAAGAAAGCUCAAUAUCCUGUCUAGGACCCUCCAGACUAGCUCUGGGGAGCAGCUCCAAAAGCCAGCACCCAGCAGAGUCCUGGUUCAGAAUGGGCACCUCUGAGACAGACUACUCUAAGCUUUCACGUCGUCAUGUAUUGCCCAGUCAGGGGCCCUUCUCAGAUGGACGGCCGGAAGAACUACCUGGUUGCUCUGAAAGUGAGGACGAGGGUCCUCUCACACCCACAAACGAUGUUGAGCCAAGAGGCCAUGAUUCUCCAAAUCUUACAAAUCUCUUUGCCUCUGCUCUCACUCGCACUAACUUGCGGGGAUGCAGGAACAGAAAGAAGGAGACGGCGCCAGAAAACACCAGCUUCUCCCAUAUGGACCGAACAUUAAGGAAAGACCGCUCAGUAUCAUCAGAGAGAAGAGAAUUAGGGCCUGCAAGCAUCCAGACAAGAGGUGGUGUACUCUCGACCUCAGAAGGGCCUGAAGGAUCCCUGCACCACCGACAACAGCUCCAUCACCAGUCUACUGUGUUUUACUCCCACGGCUCAGCGUCCUCUUCCCACCUGUCCCCCUCCCAGGACUGUUGCCUCGAUGCCUCCCUGCCCCAUCAGUCUCAUCGGGUGCAGCAAUCCAAGCACAGCCUCCACCAUGUCAACAAAAUCUUGCGUGCUAAGAAGCUGCAGAGGCAAGCCCGUACAGGAAACAACAUGGUGAAAAAGAGGGGCCCUGGGCGUCCCAGGAAGCACCCAUUACCUUCACCACCACCGUCCCCACCUCCUGCUGUUGAAUUCAGUCAAAACCGGCACAGAGUGGGAGACCGGCCAGCGGGGGACAGGAUGUGGGAUGGGGAUACUGUAAAAGAUACCAUUGAGGCAGUUGUCAAAGACCAGCGUAGCAAAGGCCAAAAAAGGAAACACUGGGAGAGAGAUGAAGGCGAGGAUGAAGGGGAGGUAGAAGACACUGUGGAGCAAUUGGCAGACAGAGAAGAGAAUGUGGGCAACCUGGUGGCAAGGUCCAGACCGGGAUCUGGAAGGUGCUGGCUUGCCCAGGAUGAGAAAAGUCACUUUCAGGGCUCUCUGGAGAGUAAUCCAGAUGGACACCGUUCCCCACAAGCCCAAGACACUGUCUCCAGGGAACAAACAUCAACCAUCCCCUUAACCAGCCAACGGGAGAAGAGACCGGCCAGGCCUCCAAAGAAGAAGUUCCAGAAGGCUGGACUUUACUCUGAUGUGUUCAAGACUGAGGAUCCCCGGAGUCAGCUUCUGCAGCUAAAGAAAGAAAAACUGGAGUACAUACCUGGGGAACAUGAUUAUGGAUUGUUUCCAGCACCCAUACAUGUUGGGAAGUACCUAAGACAGAAGCGCAUUGAUUUCCAAUUGCCCUAUGACAUCCUGUGGCUGUGGAAACACGAUCAGUUAUACAAAAGGCCUGAUGUCCCUCUUUACAAAAAGAUCAGAUCAAAUGUGUAUGUUGACGUAAAGCCAUUCUCCGGUUAUGAAACAACUACAUGCAACUGUAAAACUCCUGAGAAUCGCUCUGAAAAAGGUUGUCUGGAUGACUGCCUCAACAGGAUGAGCUUUGCUGAGUGUUCUCCCAGCACUUGUCCAUCUCAUGAGCAUUGCGACAACCAGCAUAUCCAGAGGCACGAAUGGGUGCAGUGUCUGGAGAGAUUCCGUGCUGAGGGCAAGGGCUGGGGCAUCCGCACCAAGGAGAGUCUCCGCUCUGGGCAGUUCAUUAUUGAGUACCUGGGAGAAGUGGUCAGUGAACAUGAGUUCAGGAGUCGUAUGAUGCAGCAGUACUUUGCUCACAGUGGCCAUUACUGUUUGAACCUGGAUAGUGGCAUGGUGAUUGACAGCUACAGAAUGGGCAAUGAGGCACGCUUCAUAAACCACAGCUGUGAGCCCAACUGUGAAAUGCAGAAGUGGUCAGUCAAUGGGGUGUACAGAAUUGGUCUCUUUGCGCUCAAGGACAUCAGCAGUGGUACUGAGCUCACCUAUGAUUACAACUUUCAUUCCUUCAACACAGAGGAGCAGCAAGUGUGUAAGUGUGGCUCAGAGAGUUGCCGAGGUAUCAUUGGAGGGAAAAGCCAGCGUGUCAACGGAUUACCUGGCAAGACGACUGGAACUCGGCGACUGGGUCGACUCAAGGAGAAACGGAAAUCCAAACACCAACUAAAAAAAAGAGAAGAAGAAUCAAGUGAUAGCAACAAGUUUUACCCUCACCUUAUGAAACCAAUGUCAAACAGAGAAAGGAACUUUGUGCUCAAGCAUCGAGUGUUCCUCCUGAGAAACUGGGAAAAAAUGAGGGAGAAACAGGAGUUACUCAAGCGAGAGGGUGAAAGAGAGAGAGACUCCAGCAGCCUGUCAAUAUAUACCCGCUGGGGAGGAGUCAUCCGUGAUGAUGGCAACAUAAAGUCAGAUGUUUUCCUCACACAGUUUUCAGCCCUGCAGACGUCACGGUCAGUGCGUACGCGGAGGCUCGCUGCUGCUGAAGAAAACACAGAAGUCACGCGCACUGCUCGCCUUGCACAUAUCUUCAAGGAGAUUUGUGACAUGAUUACCAGCUACAAGGAUUCAACCAGCCAGACCCUUGCUGCUCCGCUAUUGAACCUCCCGUCACGGAAAAGGAACAGCCAUUACUAUGAGAAGGUGUCAGACCCUCUGGAUUUGAGCACCAUUGAGAAGCAAAUCCUCACGGGCCAUUACAAGACCGUUGAAGCAUUUGACACUGACAUGCUCAAAGUAUUCCGCAAUGCUGAGAAAUAUUAUGGUAGGAAGUCAUCCAUAGGCAGGGAUGUCUGCCGGCUGCGGAAAGCCUACUACAGUGCACGUAACGAGGCUGCCGUGCAGAUUGAUGAGAUUAUGGGCGAGACUGCCAGUGAGGCUGACAGUUCCGACUCACUUGAGCGUGACCGGGGCCACCACAAUGGAGCGGCCCAUGACAAGGAUGACGACAUUAUCCGUUGCAUCUGUGGGAUGUACAAGGAUGAAGGCUUGAUGAUCCAGUGUGAAAAGUGCAUGGUGUGGCAACACUUUGACUGCAUGCGGUUGGAGGCAGAGGUCGAGCACUACCUGUGUGAGCAGUGUGAUCCCAGGCCAGUAGACACGGAAGUUCCCAUGAUACCUCAACCCAGCUAUGCCCAGUCUGGCUCUGUCUACUACAUCUGUCUCCUAAGAGAUGAGCUGCUUCUACACCAAGGGGACUGCGUUUACCUGAUGAGAGACAGCAGACGCACACCUGAGGGCCAGCCCAUCCGACAGUCUUACCGCCUACUGUCUCACAUCAACCGAGACAAACUCGAUAUCUUCCGUAUCGAGAAACUCUGGAAGAAUGAAAAGGGUGAGCGAUUUGCUUUUGGCCACCACUACUUCCGUCCUCAUGAGACACACCAUUCGCCAUCACGGCGGUUCUACCAGAAUGAGUUAUUUCGCAUGCCACUCUACGAGAUCAUCCCUCUUGAAGCAGUGGUGGCAACCUGCUGCGUUCUCGAUCUCUACACGUACUGCAAAGGACGACCAAAGGGGGUAAAAGAGCCAGAUGUGUACAUCUGUGACUACCGCUUGGAUAAGUCAGCUCACCUUUUCUACAAGAUCCAUCGUAACCGCUACCCAGUGUGUACCAAGCCAUACGCCUUCAACCAUUUCCCCAAGCGACUGACACCCAAGAGAGACUUCUCGCCUCACUACGUACCUGACAACUACAAGAGGAAUGGCGGCCGCUCAGCAUGGAAAAGUGAUCGUUCCAAAGGAUCUGAAGGCUGCGAGGAUGACGGCUCUUCGUGCGAGCGGGUUGACGACUUCCCACCAGAGGCUGAAGACAGGAGAUCUGAGGAACACAUGGACGUGGCUACGGUUGGCCCUGAACUUUUAUCGGGCAAGACUCGACGAGAAGAAGGGGACAAUGAUGAAGAUGAAGAGGGGGGGGAAGGGGAAGCACCUGAGGCUGAGGAGCAAAAGGAACAGGAGGAGGCUUCCACAGAGAGGUUAGGGGAAACACUUGGGCAGCCGUCCUCCUCAGCUUGCUCUCCGCUCCACCACCCUGCCCUGGGCAGGAGGGAGGCCCAGAGGGAGCGGCUAAACAAGAUUCUCUUGGAUCUGCUGCACAGAACCCCCAGCAAGAAUGCCGUAGAUGUCUCUUAUCUCCUGGAAGAGGGUGCAGGGCGGCGCCUACGGCGACGGACACUUGGAUUUGGUGAUUUUGUUGGCAGAAAGUAACAUUUCAACAUGCCGGGCGAGCCGACUGCCUUUCACCUUCUAUUGCACGAGAGAUGAUAAGAAAGGAAAUGAGUCUAGUUGGCUAUUAAAACCUUCCAGACCAUAAUUGCAUCAUUUGGACCUUCUAGGUUACCUCUUCCAGGACUUUAUCAUCUCAAUAAUGAGAUGGUGGAGGGGGUUUGGAAACUCCGACUUUAUGUCAAUCUGUUUUCAAGGAGUGUUUUUAAGAUGAACACAGGACAAAAUGCCCACACAUGAACUGAAAUGACACGUGGUACUGAGUAGCACACUGGCUGAAAGAUGGCUAUCGCUCAGUCAGUGCAGAUGAGAAUGCUGGAUAACUGCUCCCCCUUGUGGGAUUAUGCUGCAAUGUCAGUGCAUCAAAUGAGGGAGGGUUUGUGCUGGAACAUUUGGAGUGGAAGCAAACAAAUAGUGAUGCAAGAUGCUGCUCGUGAGAAAAAAGGGUGGGUAGACUGCACUUUUGGUACCAUGGAUAUAGUGAAGCUCUGUUUAAUGUAUCUGUAAUGAAAACACUAAAACAGUACUUGAUGCUGUAGUGUGGCAAAAUGCAAGUCUAUUAUCUUUCACCCGCUAUACUGUAGUCAGCCUACUCAUGUAGACACAGACAAGAUCUGCUUGUUUUUAAAGGAAGGGAGGGGAGAGCGCGUGUGCGCUUUUGGUCAAAGUGUAUUGUUGAGCUUUUGGUUUUGCGUUUUCUUUCCUCCUCCCCGUGAGACGCUCAAGCUUUUCAAUUGAUGGAUUCACCAGCUUAACUAAAUGAGGUGGGAGGGACACUGGCUUGAACUGUAACGCCUUACUCAGCUGUGCUCUCUGACUGCCUGUUUUGGAGGGUGUGCUUGCACACACUUACUGUGUAUCUAUAGUCUACACAAUUUCCUGAAUAUUUCCUGUUUUUAAAGAAAAAAAAAAGAAGAAAAAAAGGGCUUAAUGGCAAUGAACAGUUUUAAGAAAACUAUGGAAAACAAUGCUUAACAUGAAAUGUAUCGUGAUGGUCAUAUUUUCUUAUAUUCUGUGAGACAAGUGUAUACUGUAUAAUGGGAGGGGAUUCGACUUUUGUCUUUUUGUUCCUUGUUGCCAUGGAGAAUGUGUUAAAAGAAUUAGUGAUAUCUGAUGAGAUUUCCCCUGUCAAAUGCCUCUGCAUAAAAGGGACAAGCGGCAGUGUCCCAAUGUUGUGAACUGACAAAGAAUCCAUUAGAAUGACACUGAGGAUGGAGAGUGGCAACGGUUUAGCUGUACAGUGCCAAGUUAUGUAUAUAGACAAACGCUUUACAUUGAGGGGUUUCUCCUGAAGCAAUAUCUUGAAAAAUAAUUUUGUUUAUUAUUGUACUGUACAGGACUCAGCCCUAAAUGUAUUGCAAUUAUUAUGAUAAUGCUAAUAUUUUAAUUGAUUUGUAUUGCUAUUAUGAAGACACUUAAACUUGGAGGAAAAAAAACAUGUUUUUUUUUUUUUUAAAUUUUUAAGUCUUUAAUCUCACCAUAACAUCCCUGACAACAUAAGAAGCCUACGUUAAGUUUUGUUGCCUAUAAAUGAAAUUCAUGUAAAUGUUGUGCAUGAAUGAGAAGAAUGUCAAAACGUACACAAGAAGGCAUCGGGGCACGGCAGUGACACAGUAACACCCUUGCCACUGAAUAUUGUUAAUAAUAUUGCUUUUAUAAAGGAGUGUACUCCUUGUUUUUUGCUGCAAAGUGUUGAACACUAAAAAAGCUAGCCAACUUAAAAAUGUUAUAAUAUUUUUAAGCAGUGAUAGAAACAAAAACCAACCUGUCAGACCAUUAUCAUGUUCCUGUUGUUAUUUUGUUCCCUUUUAAAUAGGACAUGCUUCCGUUUUUUAAUAGCGGUCAUUGUAUGAUGCUUGUACUUGUAUUUGUGUGUUUUCCGUGAUUUCUUUAGUUAUUUUUAGACAAUCACAAAAUAAGAUGCAAGCAUUGUAAAUGGCAGACUGGCUGACAUUUUGUGACGUGUACAGUUUGUCAAAAACCUCCCCCACUCGUUAAAAGUUUGUAAUUAUGAUUCUUAAGUCAUGAAAAUAUGCUGUUGGUUUUUACUUUUUGUUUUAUAUUUGUUUAUGAUUUGUUUUUUUUUGUUUUUUUUUAAUAAAAAGCACUACAUUAUUGUGAA